CCCUUGACUGGAAAUUGAACCCAAGACCCUUCAGUGUGCUGGCCAAUGAGGAGCAUAUAUUUAGUGUUCAGAACUCAUACCCUUUACUGGAGGGAAAAAAGCCUUUUAUACCUGUUUUACAUAGUGUUUGUUUGUUUUUUUCCUUUUUUUCUCCUUUGUGGUUUCUAUUAAUCACUUAAGGUUUAGACCCAGUGUGCCUGCUGGGCUGUGCCCAGGUUCAGAGCCAUGCCAAUUGGUGGGUGAAGCACUUGAGGCCCUGAUGGAACCGCUGCAGCAUCAGCCACCACAGCAGCAGCCAUCGAACCUAGCUCCUCUGGGGAUGGAUGCCAGAGCGAAGCAGGGACAGCAGAUAAGAGAAGCCCAGUUCUUGUAUACCCAGAAGCUGGUCACACAGACUCUCCUUUCUGCCACAUCUGGGCGUCCUUCUGGCAGCCCUUCCCUGGGUCCCUUAGCCAGAGUUCCUCCGGCCACAGCAGUGACCCGAGUUUUUGAACGGAGCAACGCAAACUCAGAGCAUGAGGAAGAGGAGGGAGGCUUGGAAGAUGAGGAUGGGGAUGAUGACAUUGCAGAGGUGGCUGAGAAAGAGGCCCAGGCUGCUUCAAAAUAUUUUCAUGGGCAAAAAGUGGCUCACCAAGACCCCAGAGUGGCACCCGAAUCUGGUCUCCUUCCAGUACCAGGGCUCCCACCACACGGACAGCAAGCUCAAGAAGACCAUGCCAAAGGUGCUGCCAAGGCCCCACCUUCAGUCUCCGCAGCUGGGCAGCCAGGCUGGAAACAGGAUGAGCAGCUCAAGCAGAAUGGUGGUUUGGCUUGGAGUGAUGAUCCAGAUGGAUGCCGAGGAAGAGAGAUCUCUCGAGAUUUUGCCAAGCUGUAUGAACUGGACGAUGAUCCGGAAAGAAAAGAGUUCCUGGAUGACCUCUUCAUCUUUAUGCAGAAGAGGGGGACCCCUAUCAACCGAAUCCCUAUCAUGGCCAAGCAGAUCCUAGAUCUGUAUAUGCUGUAUAAGCUGGUGACAGAGAAGGGGGGCCUGGUGGAGAUCAUCAACAAGAAGAUCUGGAGGGAGAUCACCAAAGGCCUGAACCUGCCCACAUCCAUCACCAGUGCUGCCUUUACCCUGAGGACCCAGUACAUGAAGUACCUCUAUGCUUACGAGUGUGAGAAGAAAGCCUUGAGCUCCCCAGCUGAGCUCCAGGCAGCCAUUGAUGGCAACCGGCGGGAGGGCCGGCGGCCCAGCUACAGCUCCUCCCUCUUCGGCUACUCACCCACUGCCACUGCUGCUGCCACCAGGGCCGCACCUGCCCUUCUCUCCACAACCAAGAUCCGCUUCCCUGUCCUUGGGCUGGGCUCCAGCAGUGGUACCAGUGCCAGCAACUCUCUCAUAUCCCCAGCAGCUACUCUCAGGAAAGGUGAUGGAGUCCCAGUGACAACAGUACCUGUGCCAAAUCGUCUGGCUGUGCCUAUGACUUUGGCAGGCCAGCAGGCUGGCACCCGAAUAGCCACACUGGAGCAGCUGCGGGAACGGCUAGAGUCAGGAGAGCCGCCUGAGAAGAAGGCAUCCAAGCUAUCAGAGGAGGAACAGCGCCUCGUGCAGCAGGCCUUCCAGCGCAACUUUUUCAGCAUGACACGGCAGCUGCCCAUGAAGAUCCGGGUCAACGGCAGAGCAGAAGACAGAUCAGAAGCCUCUGCUACAGCGCUGAAUCUGACCACAGGCAGCAUCGGGAGCAUUAACAUGUCUGUGGACAUCGAUGGCACCACCUAUGCAGGUGUGCUAUUUGCCCAGAAGCCUGUGGUUCACCUCAUCGCAGGGUCUGCUCCCCAGAGCAUCAACAACAGCACCAGCAGCAGUUCUCACUGCUCGCCAAGUCCUACCUCAUCCCGGGGCACCCCCAGUGCAGAGCCCUCCACCAGCUGGUCCCUCUGAGGGGCAGGACCCAGCUUCCACUACUCACUCUCCUGUUGAGAGUGAAGGAAGUUGAUGCACAGAAUUUACCUCAUCUCACGGAUCCCACGUCAAAUACCGUUUGACCAGAUGUUGAGAGUUUGGACAGGUCUACCUGUCCAGGCUCCAUUCAGGUCCUGCUGUACUCUGGGGACAGGGAGAGGCUGGAGGGGCAGGACACGGCAGCGUUGUCCAAUCAGGGAUUGUCCUGGAGAAAUGGGUGGGGCCAGCUUCCGGGGGAUUCCCAGGCCACCUCCCAUCCUGGGCACAGUGUAUUGACAAUCUGUAAGCCAACAUAGGCUGAAGGCCCUUCAUAUCCCUUCCCCUUUAAUUUAUUUUCCUUCCCCUGCCUUCUGCCAUAACCCCAGGGUCACUGGUCCCUCCCCCUGCUCAGUGCCCUGAUCUUUAACUCUCACAUGGAUCUGCUAGGAGCCAAGAGCGUGCCUUCGUAGCCCUACUCUGCUGAGCACGAGAUGGGGCCUUCGUUGCCUACCAUGUUGGUUCCUGGGAUGUAGGUCCCUCAGAUUCAAGUCUUGAAGCAGUCCUCAGGGCCCUUUAUUCUCCCUGUAAUGGACCCAAGAAAGGGCACAUGGGGGCAAUCCUCGGGUCCCAGGGCCCAAUGGACAUCUGAGGGAGAGGCAGAGCCUCAAGGGGCUGCCUAGGCAGGCCCUAGCACCCACUUCAAACUGACCCUUUUCUGACCCUCAGGCCUCAUGCUACCCACUCACCCUUGUUGGCCAGCUGUCCCAGGAACAGCCCACUUGCCCUUUGGCCACCUUUCUUUUCAUGGGGCCAUCUCCACCCCAACAUCCCCAAGCCUGCUGAUGUCAGAUUCAUUGAAAUACCUCAGAUUUGUAACUAUUGAUGUUUGACUCUUCAGGAAGUAUUUGCAUCUCUGAAAUCUUUUUUAUAUGUGUUUCGCUGACUUGAUUUUUUAUUUUAAAAUUUUUAUUGUUAUUAUAGCACCAAAGAAUGAGAGCAGAUCACCCCAAAGCCAAACAAAUGAUUUGGUACCCCAGCCCCUCUGGCCCUUCCAUGAAACCCCACUGAGGAGGCAGGGAGACAGACAGUAGAGAUGACUCAGGGAUCAGAGCGGCGGGGAGGAGGUGGGGUGGAAGCCUACCUUCACACAGGUUGGGUCCUGAAACCACACCAGUUCUGAAGAUGGCCCUAGACCCAUUUUCUGCUAGAGCAGGAUUAGUCCCAACCUCUACCCCCCACUCUCCAGAGGGGGCAGGAUGUCUCCCUUUCGCUCCACACUCCCACCUCAGGACAGACAGGCCAUGGGCCUUAGAGAAUGAGAUGCUGAAUUGUGUCUCCUCUUGGACCUGGGUUGGAGCAGGCUGCUCUUGGAUUGUAAGAAGAGCUGAUUCUCACACAAGGCUUACCUCGAAAUCAGUAAGCCCUGCAGUGUUCAGUAGACACCACCCACUGUGACAUUUCUGGGUUGUGGUGGGAGCCCAUGCUGGCUCAAGCCCACACCUGACUAACAUUAGUCCUGUCUAGGAAAGGGAAUUCCGGAACUUGAACACAAAACAUGCCUCAGCCUGGUAAGCUGCAGCUCUGCUGAACCGCAUCUUCUCUCCCCCCCCCAGCCCUCCACACACACAGCCCCUCCACCAGGGCUCACCCUCUUCUGGCCUCAAAAGCCUUCCUCCCUUACCCACCAGGCAAGUGUAGGGUGUGGGCAGAGAAGGGCAUCUGGGAUCUGGUGCCAGGGAAGAGCCCAGUUAGCUGGCACUGGGCCCACCUGAAGGUCUCACAGACAUUCGCCAGUGUGUUUUUCUCAGGGGUUUGGUCACGAAGAAUGGACUCUUCCUACCCAGAGGAUACAGGAACAGCACACUGUCUUUCUAGUCAUUGGAUUUGCUCCCUUAUGCAGCUGGCCCAGCCUCCCUGUCUCAGCAAACCGUUGCUGACCUCAGGACAAUAUCAGGGUCUCAGCCUGAAAGCCUGAGAGAGGGGAUGCCAGCAGGUGUCCCUAGGAACAGGGCCUGGGCCAAGAGGAACCCUCAAAGUACAGUCCUGAAGGCCCCACAGGCAGGCAGCCUGGGCAGCUCUGUCCCCUCCUCCUCCCCAUUUAUGUGUGUUCUAACCAGGAUAAAAGUGAUAACACAUGGGUAGCCCAAGCAGUGGAUAAAUACCUCAGACGUCCUCUUGCAGCAGGUGUCUGUAUAUGUUGUGGUUAUUUUCUAUCUUACAUGUUCUCAAAUGUUUAUAUUAAAAUAAACCUCUACCUCUUCACA